AGGACUUCAACGGCUCCAACGCAUGCGCUGUCGGCAACAUCCGGGGAUCGGACAAGGAUGAACGCCAAUUUCCAAGAUGGCGGCGGAGGGAGGAGGGAAGGAGAUGAACGAAAUUAAAACUCAAUUCACUACACGAGAAGGUGUCUACAAACUCCUCACUCACUCCGAAUACAGCCGCCCGAACAGGGUGCCUUUCAACUCGCAGGGCUCCAAUCCCGUCAAGGUCUCCUUCGUCAAUGUAAACGACCAGUCCGGCAACGGCGACAGGAUCUGUUUCAAUGUGGGCCGGGAACUCUACUUUUAUAUCUACAAAGGCGUGAGAAAGGCUGCCGAUCUUAGUAAGCCUAUAGACAAGAGGAUAUACAAAGGAACGCAGCCCACGUGUCAUGACUUCAACCCCAUCACGGCAACAGCAGAGAGUGUCUCCCUGCUGGUGGGCUUCUCCGCAGGCCAGGUGCAGCUCAUCGACCCAAUAAAGAAGGAAACUAGCAAACUCUUCAACGAAGAGAGACUUAUAGACAAGUCCCGAGUUACGUGUGUACGAUGGGUUCCUGGUUCAGAGAGCUUGUUUCUGGUGGCUCACUCCAGUGGCAGCAUGUAUCUGUACAAUGUGGAAAACACCUGUGGCACCACGGCACCUCACUACCAGCUCCUAAAGCAGGGUGAAAACUAUGCUGUGCAUACCUGCAAGAGCAAGUCGGCUCGCAACCCGUUACUGCGCUGGACAGUGGGCGAAGGGGCGCUCAAUGAGUUUGCCUUCUCCCCGGAUGGCAAGUUCCUGGCUUGCGCGAGCCAGGACGGCUUCCUGCGGGUGUUUGGCUUCGACGCUGCAGAGCUCCAUGGGACAAUGAAGAGCUACUUUGGCGGUCUGCUGUGUGUGUGCUGGAGCCCGGAUGGACGCUACAUUGUGGCAGGAGGGGAGGACGACCUGGUGACGGUGUGGUCAUUUUCAGACUGCAGAGUGAUUGCACGGGGCCAUGGUCACAAGUCGUGGGUGAGUGUGGUGGCGUUUGACCACUGCACCACCAGUGUGGAGGAUGGUGAUCCCCCCGCUGAGUUCAGUGGCAGCGAUGAGGAAUUCCAUGAGCAGAUUCACUUUGGCGCGGGCAGAGACAGAGCUAACAGCGCUCAUUCUCGGCUUUCUAAGAGGAACUCUACAGACAGUAGGCCCGUUAGCGUGACCUACAGAUUUGGCUCGGUGGGCCAAGAUACCCAGAUGUGUCUGUGGGACCUAACGGAGGACAUUCUCUUCCCUCACCUCCCGUUGUCCCGCACUAGGACUCACACUAAUGUUAUGAGUGCGACAAGUCCUCCAGCCACUGGACAAACCACUACUAAUACGACUACUACUACAACAACAACAACAACGACGAAUACUACUACUACUACUGCUGUAUCCGCCACUAAUCCCAGUGGCACCAAUGGUAAAGACAAUGUGAGCAAUAGUAGCACCAGUGGCAACCCGGCUAACUCCCUCCCCAGCACCCUGCCUCGGUCGAACAGCUUGCCCCACUCCACCAACCCGACAGGGGGCAGCACCCCCAACAGUCACACAGGCAGCAACAGCAGUACCACCACCACCACCACCACCACCACCAAGGGCAACAGCAUCAUUGACAGUGCUUUCAUCGCCACUGGCGUCAGCAAGUUUGCAACUCUGUCGUUACACGACUCGCGCAAGGAGCGCCACGAGAAGGACCACAAGCGGAACCACAGCAUGGGUCACAUCAGCAGCAAGAGCAGCGACAAGCUCAACCAGCUGAGCUCAACACGGACGGCAAAAGCGGAAGCAGCUAAGACUCUGGGCACCACGCUGUGCCCGCGCAUGGAGGACGUGCCGCUGCUCGAGCCGCUGGUGUGCAAGAAGAUCGCUCACGAGAGACUCACUGUGUUAAUCUUCCUGGAGGACUGUCUGGUAACAGCCUGUCAGGAGGGUUUCGUUUGCACAUGGGCUAGGCCUGGGAAAGUGGGUUUGCUAUCAUCUCAAAACAACCCAGCCAACUCCCCCAGUGGAACAGUAGUAUAGCCCCAGUGCUGGUGCUGCUAAUGACAGCUCCAUGCAACAGAGACGGGGAUGACCAAGGCCAAGGCCCUGCAGCGCUUCUUCACACACUGUCACACACACAACGGCCUCCAGUGUCGCCUUCAUUCUCGUCACUACAACCACCCAGACACGCUAUGUGUUACCGCUCAUGUUUAGAGAGCCGAUGUUGGCCAAGCCGCGGUCAGAAACUUGACGCCCUUUUGACUAGGCGUUGGAAAAAAAGGGUGCUAUUGAAAGUAGAAUAGCAAGCUUUAAAUCGUCCAGGAGGUUUGUGGGAGGGAUCGACUGGCUCAUUGUUCCAUUUAUGGUCAUAUCAAGUUGUGUCAAGUCUGAAAAUAACCUCUAGUACCCAAUCCUUUGUGCCUGUAGAUCUUCAAAGACUAGACAUGCUAUAAGCAAUGUGGUGAUGCCUCAACCUAACCUUUUGUAUGGGUUUAAUUCGGAAGUCUUUCCUUUUUUUAUUUUGUUAAUACAAAUGCAUUCACUGAUAAAGGGAAUAAGAGGAGGGAUUGUUUAGGAGAAGAAGCAUAUCCCCGUUUUUCACUUCCUGGGCGAUCUCUUGUGCAGCCCCAGCCUGCGCCACCUGUUCAAGAGAAGCCGGGGCUUUUAUUUUCAAUCAGUGGUAUCACACUUUAAAGUGUAUUUGCACAGAUUUUUUUUUUCUUUCAUUCUUGUUUCUUUCAUUCUUGUUUCUUUCAUUCUUGUUUCUUUUGUUUCUCUCCCAAUUUUGAAUUCAUGGCGGUGGAACACAAGCUAAAUAUUUUGAAGACAGUUUUGGAAGCACUUGGAAACGGCUUGUUCUUGCCCUCUGUCUCAACGCUGGAUGCUGCAAUCAUAGUUUUUUAUAUGGAGAAAAAAAAUUGUUUGCACUUAAUAGUUUGUUAGGAGAAUGGCUUUACAUUUUUGGAGUGUGUAAGGACUCCUUGACAAGGUUGAAAUAUAAAUAGAAUUAAAAAAAAACAACAAAAAAAACAACCUUUGUAUCUAUUGAACAUUUAUUUUAAUAUUGUUUCAGAUUAAAUGGGCUCUGUAUUAUAUGAAAAUAUUGUACUUCAAUGAUUUAUGGGGUAAAUGAUCAUUAUUACAUUCGAUCAAAUAUCCUCAUUUCAGAAAAUAGUGAUAUUUCUAAUACUAAAAGAUCUAUACCUAAUAUUAAAGUGAAUCUUGAAUAUGCAGGUGAAAAUGUUUUCUUUUCUGUUGUACAUAAGAGAAUUCAGGUGUAUUUUUAUUAAUGUAAAGUUUGGUAUAGGAGACGUCUAUGAAAUCCUCUUAUCUAACAGGUAGUGCUGAAUGCUAGCUAGCCUGUCGCUGCAAAUUCCUCUUACAACAUAGGCAGGCAGACGCAGACGCAGCGGCUCUAAUUCAGCCAUCACUCCGAGCUCAGGUAAACCACAGGAAGACUAACGCCGGCAUAGUUCCCCUCACUAGUCCCAUCCAUCAACGUGUGUGAAUUCACCUUAACAAAUAAGACUGACAACCCUGUUCUGCAGACAGGGUUGCAAUCUGUGAGUCCUGUUCUUUGUUUUUUUUUGUGUGUGUGUGUGAGUAAUAAUUGCUGAACAGAUUCUGAACAAACAUUUGACACUGUGUUGAAUACCAACUGACUAACGUCGGCACUUGAUGAUGCUGUAAGGUGACGCUGCUUGAGGUGAGCGUGUUUUCCAAGCACCCACAUAGGAAGACUGAGAUAUUAAGAGUGGGAGCAUUUUUCUUCAUGUGACGCCUAUUAAAAACAGCUUUGACAGAU